CAGAAUUCAUAUUCCACUGAACUUCACGGCUUUGACGGCUGGUAAUGUCCACGGCCUUGCUUUCUGGUUUGACGUGGCGUUUCAUGGCAGCUCGUAAGUUUUUACAUAAUAUACUUUCUAAGUUUAAAUAAUGAUAUGUUCUCUGUUAAUCUGGUAAGUAUCCAAGGAACUGGAUAAUGCGAAAUUGAACCAAAGGUCUUGCUUGGUGUCGUUUCAAUUUCUUCGGGAAGGAAUCCGGUAAAUCGUUUACGAUCGCACAUGUGUUGUGCGACAAUUUUGCUGUAGUUGUCGACGAAUAUAUACGUACUAUAAAUGUAGGUUAUGUAUUUAAGAAAAAAUUUAAUUCAAUUUUAUUCCAAGAGCACUUUAAAUAACGAACAUUUAAAACGUUUCUUGUGAAUCCUCUCCGAAAAAGGUCUAUAGAUAAACACUACUAGCGCGAAUUGACGCUUUAUAAUGUAUUCUUUUGUUCUGAAAAUGCAUUUGGUCAGUUGUCAGUAAUGAUUAUCAAUCAGUGAAAUUUCUCUUUGGCUAAUUUAAGUGAAAUGUUAAAGAUGAUGUCCACUCCGUUCUGCGCAUCAGUUCUGCUCAUAACAAAGGGGGAACCCCAGAUAUAAACAUUGCCCAAAUUUUGCAUCUUUCGAACUUUUUGAAUUGAAACGUAGAGUUUAUAUUCAUUUACAAGCAUAGCGAACCAGAAAAGUGUUAGAUAUUCUGUUAGUAUAUCAUAUUUUACAAAUAUAUAGCAGUUCAAAACGUAAACAAAGUUCGCGCAUGUGCACAGGAGUGGACAUCAUCUUUAAGUACUGUAUGUGUUUAGACUUUACUCUCGGCGUUUGGUUUCGGUUGAUUUAUUUUAUAAAGUCUAUAAUCUAACUUUAGCAUUUGAAGACCACCAUCUUUUAUCAGGCCUGGUUACAAGGCAUUGUCGAAUUUGUUCGCGAAAUGUUAGGGUGGGGAUGGAAUUUGGGUUGUGGGGCAAAGUCUGAGUUCUUUUUCAAACUUCUUGUCUUAAAUCUCAUGCAAAUUUGCCUCAUUUUCUAGCCUACCAAUGCUUUCAUGGUUGUGAAAUUUCUGUUACAGCUUUGGUACACUUUUAUUCAGACACCAUUCAAAGCCUUAUAGAAAUAAUAGGGAGUUUGGCAAACACAACGGCAACGGCAACGGCAACGUGGUCAUCACCAAUAACAUUGAUCCUCAAAGACAAAGGCGAAUGUAAAUUACAUGGUCUUUAGCGCUGUCCAAUGCCGUAGUUGUUGAAAUUGGUACGUGAUUUGCAUCACUUUCACGGUGCAUGACUACGGCAACAGUUAGUUCGUUCGAUGUUAUUUGAAGUGUUUUAUUUGGAUUCGCGGACUAUUUUUACUUAGGGGCUGUUUGCCGAGAGAAACAGGAAUACUUAAACAGGCAAAUUAAGUGCAGCAACGUAUACUUUGGCUCAAUGACAACAAUAUAAGCAAUUAUAUUUUUGCCGUUGCCGUUGUCGCUGCCGUUCUAGGUUGCCAAACUCCCUAUGUGGUGGAGGACGGUUGUACCCGUAGUGUCCGCCACAUUCCGAAUAUUGCACAGUUAAUAGUUACGAAAUAUGUACCUGUAGGAAUAAAUCGAACUUUUAUUAGCAUGCAAUGGCUUCGAUGAAAUAGCAUGACGGUGAUUGUUAAAUAGAAUUUGGUACAAAAAUGUGCUAUGGUUUGUUAUUGAGUACUUCUUGCCUACUGAGUCCAGAGAACUAUAACAAAUAACUAACACAAUCAGACCCUACACGAGCUUUUACCGCGCAGUAUAUUGGGACCGAAGGUUAUCACGCUCGUGUGACUCCGUAUUCUUGUUUUUUAUGAUGUCAAAAAUCGAGAAAGCUUCGUCUAUAAGGCAGUCUGUCUCAGGCCCCAGGUACACGGUACCGGAUUCGCUUAUCGCGACAUCGAAUUUGACGGUUCCAGGAGUAUCUUAACACUUUAAAUACGAUAACAUGACGAAAUAAAACGAAAACUGAUAAAGGGAGAAAUUUUGUGGGCAGACGUUACCCUUGAACGUCAUUUGAUGUCGUAAAAAGCGAAUCCCAUGUGGUGUAACUAUGGCCUCGGUGUCCCGUAUGUUUAAUUUGUGAUAUAUUGCUGACAUUGGUCACGUUAAGUUCAAUGUAGAAAGAAGUUAUGCGACAUAAUCAUAUUUUAAAGGGAAAUGCAACGCGAUUUUAAAGUAUUUAUAAGACGAAAAUCCAUUUUUUUUAUUAUAACCCAAACCAGGGUCUGAGUCUAAUCAUGUGCCUGGUUGUUUCUUAACCACCUGCCAUAAUUUGGUCAAUUUGAUCAGGGCAGUAUAAAAUGUGUUAUUUUUAAUUUAACCAGGAAAAUUUAUUACCAGACUGGAAUUUAUUUCCGAAAACAAAGUACUAGCGAACGGGCUUACCACAUUGGUGGCGUCACUACAGAGUGUCUGCCUUAACAAAUCUAAAUUUCAGUUUGGAUAACGGAACCCCACAGGUCCGACAGUUCUCUGUGGCAGUCUGGGGGCAUGCCUCUCCCUCAUGGAAAACCUCUUCUGAAAUGCACGUUUCUGGUAAAUAUUUUACAAAAUUCUGAGAAUUUUACUUUCUACGGCCAUGUCACUUUGUAUAAAUAAAGUGUGUUAUUUGGUUGAAACAAAAAGUGAAUUAGAUUUACAAAUACUGACAUGAUAUAACGUGAAUACGGAGUCAUCGUAUGCUGUAUAGGUGGUGUUGUGCCCUGUGGUAAAACUAAUGAACAUAACAUUUUCAGGCGAUCCGUGUGGCUGUCCACAGCUCCACAAGAACCUCUUACGCACUGGUACCAGGUAUUUGAAUAGCUACAAGGUAUUUUCAUGAAUAUUGUCGUGCAAUAAGGAUCAUAAGGCAAAUUCGUAAAACCUUUGAAAAGAGAACAUUUUGUUCCCAGUGGUUCAAAUACCUCAACGGUACCUUGUAGUCUUUACACAAUAAAUGCUCGUUGGUAUUAUCGUGUCGAUAUAUACCAUGCACUCUAAAUAAUGCAUUCAUACAUUAUUACUUUUCAAAUGCAUGCAUUGCACCUUAACAAUUUAAUUAAUUCUGAAUUCUCGGACAUAUAGUUAGCUUCUCAAAUGAACAGUUUCCCGAAAUUCGUGCAGUUAGUUUCUGGAAUGUGAAAUUAAUCCAAUGUGUUCACUUUGACUAUCUGCCUAAAAAGCUUCGUACGAUUAUUGAAAUAUUGUUGCAUGCUCACUAAUUUCUCCAAGUGAUUUCAAACAAUAGACAAUGUCACAAUAGUAUCAUAAGCCUUUAUCUUCAGUUACGUUUCACUUCCCUUGUAUUGCUUGCUUGAUCGAUAGUUUCGUCAUUCGGUUAUAUUUUUUGAAAUAUUUACAGGUUCGGUGUCUGCUACCUAAUCCAAUACAUGUACGAACUGGACAACUAUUGCGAGGACAUGUGCUACUGGUUGCCAACAAGAAGUAAGGAUUGUUUUUUAGAUUUUGUUAAUACUGCUUGAUUUGGAUGGUUUGAAAUGGAAAAACACGGCAAGACAAAACGAGCCAGCUUCAUUGUUUAUGUAAAGCCGUCUAGGUUCACAAAAUAGAGUAUUGCUACUUACAAAAGACAAAAUUUGCUUCUAUUUAUGUCGUAUGAAAGUUUGUAAAAUCUAUG